CGGCUUUCGGCCCUUGCCAGGGUAUAAAAGCUAGGGCUCUGCACUGAGGGGGCCAGCACGAGCCAGCCUACCCCACACGGCACUACAAGCUGUACACACAGAAUCUCCUGAUCCCUCACCAUGUCUCAGACCGCCAAGUCCGCCUCCAGUCAGGGCACUGAUGCUAAGGACAAGGGAGCCCCUGCCCCCGCUGCCACCAGCAAGGCCACCAAGACCGGAGACCCUGGCAUGGGAAACUUCAAAAUCAUGCUGUUCGACCAGGAGAACUUCCAGGGCAGAAUGAUGGAGAUCCAGAAUGAGUGCAUGAACGUGUGUGACCGCGGCAUGGAGAGAGUGCGCAGUAUCAUCGUUGAGUGCGGCCCCUUUGUUGCCUUUGAGCAGACUAACUUCCGUGGGGAGAUGUUCAUCUUGGAGAAGGGAGAGUACCCUCGCUGGGAUACCUGGAGCAACUCUUACCGUAGCGACUGCCUCAUGUCCCUCAGACCCAUCCGCAUGGACAGCAUGGAGCACAAGAUCUGUCUGUUUGAGCUCUCUGACUUUAAGGGCAAUAAGAUGGAGAUCCAGGAGGAUGACGUGCCCACCCUCUGGGCGCACGGCUUCACUGACAGGGUGGGCAGCGUGAGGGUGCCUGGCGGAGUGUGGGUGGGUUACCAGUACCCCGGAUACAGAGGCUACCAGUACCUGUUUGAGUGUGGUGACUACAGACACUACAACGAGUUCUGUGCCUUCCAGCCCCAGAUCCAGUCCAUGCGUCGCGUCAGGGACAUGCAGUUCCAUCAGCGUGGUUGCUUCAACCUCACUUCCGCCACCAAGUGAGUGAACUCUGGUGGACGGACGCUGUAACUGCAGCCAGCCCUCCCUCACUCAACCCGCUCAACAGGCGCUUUUUAUUUCUCCAAUCCUAUCCCUCCUUUCCUUCCAUUCACCCACCCUCAUCCCUCCAUCCUAAAGGGAUAGAAUGACAGCAUCGUACCAACUGGAACAACCUAAAUGACUUUUUAUGAUGCCAAAUAAUAAACAUGUUUUGAAAAACUUGAA